ACUUACGCUAUUGAAGGCGUAUUACAUUUUCAUACGUACAUCUGGACUCCAGUCGGGCAAUCUAAAGUGAUCUAUAAACAUGUUUCACUCGAACGGUAGCAGUGGUGAUAGAUAAAUAAGUGAUGUGGAGUUGUUGAGUUUAGUCAGUCUGUCUUGUGUCAUCGUGUCGGGACUACAGUGCGCCAUUUAGCUCGCGAUAAAAACACAAGGAAUGUUUUUAUCGUUUCUCGUAGUUCGCUUGAAACGACGGUCAAUAAACUAAACCGUAAUGUGGGUGACGAGAGUCAUUUAGGACAAUAUUAGUAAUGGCAAAUAAUUCAUCAGAUACCCGUUGUACAAAAACGAAGUGGAGUACGAGGAAAGGAGUAUUACGAUCAUGGAUUUGGUGCAUUUUGUUGAAGUGCUUUAUCAGUUUACCCUGCAUAUUUUCGAAAUGUCUCGGAGUAGACAUCACCGUUGCUGUGUACCCGCAAGGUGACAUCAGUGUCCUUUACGGCGAACCUUUGGAAAUAUUUUGUGUUGGAGAAAAUUACACCGCCAGCGACCUCGAGUUUACUGUAUCCGGGGAUCCUAUUAAAUCUGAAAUAGUCAACGAAACAACAAGGCGAUUGUAUUAUGAGAAGCCAAACAAACAAGUAACUACUUACUACUGUAAGAAUAAAAAGACACAGAAGAAAUGUACCAGCAGAGUGUUAGUUGAGUCUCCUCCAGAAAACGUAACUAACUUUAGCUGUUUGUCUAAAAACAUAGAAGUUUUGAAAUGUUCAUGGAAAGUACCUGAAUCUUUUAGUAACAUUAAUUACAACUUGACUUUCAUUAUAAAUGGAAACCCAGUAAGAAAUUGCGAAAUCUUAGGAGUCAAUAAAACUCGAUAUUGUAUUUGGACUACAAGCAGUAGCCCUCGUUACAGACAGUUAGAAGAAGAAUUCUAUUUCAAUCUUAAAUCAUGUAAUGUGUUUGGCUGCAAUGAGCAGAAUUUUACAGUUGACCAUUUUUCAAUAGUCAAACCAGAUCCACCAUCAAAAUUAAAACUGUUGUCUAAUGAUUCACAUAGUGUUGAAUUGCAGUGGGUUGUGCCUAACAAUGUGAAGGACCUUCUGCCAUGUGGUAUAGAUCAUAAAAUUGAAUAUCAAAUUGCUAAAAUUGAUAAUACAGCUUAUUUUCAUAGUGUUGAUGCUUCAUUUUUGCCACCAAGCAAUAAAACAUAUAGAUUUAGAUUAAACAAUUUGCCAUAUGCACAUAUGAAGUAUGAAGUAAGAAUUUAUAUCAAAUCAAAGAAAGCUGUUAGUGACGAAUUUUGGUCAGAGUAUAGUUUCUAUACAUUUUACACAGCUAGUGAGAAACCUGGCCGACCACCAGAAAUGACAGCGGGAGGAUUUGAUCAAGCAACAUACAAUAAAAACAGAAUAAUAUAUGUCUAUUGGAAACAAUUGGAGGAGUAUGAGGAAGCUGGUGCUAAUUUUACAUAUAAAGUAGUUGUUUCGCAUGGUAAUAAGUCGGAGACUCUUUUAGCUGAUAAGAACAAAAGUUUGAGUUAUAUAUAUCUGGAUGAUGCACCCUUAGACGCUAUGCAAGUAUCGGUGUGGUCAUACAAUAUGAUUGGACAAUCAAUAAAUAGCAGUCACAUGUAUAUACCUCCUGUAAGGGAUACCCAUAACCUAGAUGUCACCUCAUUUACGAAACUUGCAUAUGAAAAUGGAACUUAUGAGUUAUCUUGGGUUGGAAUAGAUAGAAUAGAUAACUAUACAUUAUUCUGGUGUCAACACAAUGCUACUAAAAUAUGUGCUGGUCGUUUAAAUUUUACUACUUUGGAACCUUAUAAAAACAAACAUGUAAUACAUCUGCCGGGAGACUACCGAUACCAGUUUGCAAUUUCCGCUAACAAAGGCCGCAAAACUAGUGGUAUGAUCUGGGCUAAAUGUGAAAUAUCCAAAGAUGGGAUUGCAAUGUAUGGAUUCAAUGUACAUUUAAAGUAUGAUGUUCCUGGAAAAUCAUUUGUUAAAUUGAAAUGGUCCAUGGAUUGUGCAUUAAAAGAUGGUAUUAUUACUGGAUAUAACAUAACAUAUUGUCCUGUAAUACAGACAAGCAGUUUAUGUGAUGCAACUAUUGGAAAUCAAUCAAUUUUCAUCUCUGAUUCAGGUAAAAUGGAAGUGAACAUCACAGAUUUGCUUCCAUUUAGGACUUAUCAAUUCACAAUAGCAUUGAAUACAACUUAUGGCUUAAAGACUAUUGAAAAUGCUACAGCUGUCAUUACAACCUCAGAAGAUACACCAACAAAGCCAAGGAAUAUUACAAUAACAAAUGUAAGAAGUAAUUCUCUAAAUAUAUCAUGGGAUCCUCCUCUGCACAGAAAUGGCAAUAUCGGUAAAUAUGUGAUAUAUAACUUUGGACAUGAAUUCUAUGUUCAUAAUGUAUCUGGAACUGACACCUCGAGAAGUGUUGUAACUCUUACUGGACUGCAGGGCUUCACUAAUUAUUCUUGGACCAUUCAAGCUUGUAACAUUCCUAUAGGCUUAUGCUCUAAAGUUGGGCCAAAUGAAGGUAUUUUUGUGAGAACAAGAAUAGGUGCACCUAGCAGACUUAAGGCUCCUACUAUUAGAAAUAACCCAGAUUUUAUAAAAUGGGAGAAACCAGAAAUACCAGGUGGAACUGUGGAUUUUUAUCAAAUAAGGAGGAUUAAAGAUGAUAUGGAACCAGAAAUAAUGAAUUCUACAGAAUUGACAUUUUUCUUGACACACUGUGAAGGUGGAAUAAUGAGUGAAACUUACCAAGUGCGGGCUGUUAACUGUGAUGAAGAUCCUGAUCAUGGAGCACUUGCAGAUAAAGAAAAUGUGAAUCUUACCCGAUCAAAUGUUAAUAAUGUUUAUUAUGGGGAAUGGAGUGAACCUAGUACAGUGGCUUGCAGAAGUAGAGAUGGGUUAGCAGUGACAUUUAUAUUAAUGAUUGUGUUUGCAAUUAUUGGUCUUGUAUAUGGGUCCAUAAAAUUGUAUAAAAGAUACAGAAAAAUGGAGGAUAUUAAGCCAGUUUUACCUAAUGGUUUAGGAAUACCAGAGAAAGAUAUAUCUAAAUAUACUUUUGGAAGUUGGAAUCCAUCUAAUAAAGAUGACAAACCAUCAUCAGAUGAAGUUUUACUGCUUCCUGAUAAAACUACAGUGUCAUCUACAGAUACUAAACAAAAAACCAAUGACAACUGUGCUGCUAGCGACCACACCGACAGCACCGCAUUGUCUGAUUCCUCUCGAGAACCAGUCGAUAGACAAGUUUCCACUUCAGAUGAUGGUUCUAAUUCAUCACUUCAAUUGGAAGCAGAACCAAUAAAAGACGAUGAUACUAUUCAAAAUCAAGAGGAGGACUCUUCAACUGAAGAUAUAGAGAGUUUCAGAGAAAACCCAUCAUACUAUGUGGAUAACAGCUUUAAGAAAAAUCCAACAAGCGGCUAUGUGCAACCUGUCGUCAAUCCUACAUCUGGCUACGUACAAUCUGCACCUGCCCCUCAAAAGACCUCUGGGUAUGUGCGACCCGAAGACACACAACCCAAGUCCGUAAUGACGUUCCCCAAACCGGUGACGUCUCCGUCAAAAUUGUUGGGUCCGGAAAGCUUGCCGACGAUGCCCACCUUGCCUACCUCCGUCAAACCCAGCGCGGAUAGUAGCUACAUCCAGUUACAGUCGUUGGAUGCCAUUCCUAGUCUUAAGUCGAGCGUACGUAAUACUGUGCCAUUGAAACCGUCCGCUUCUAACGGCUACGUGAGUCCGGAAGACGUGGUGAUCAACAAGCACCUGAACAACAUGCUGUAUGCGGGUCAGCUCGCAGAGGAGUCCGCCGUACUAGACCCCACGAUGUCUCCCGACGCUUACUGCCGCUUCUCCUGGAGCACUGAUCCCGCCAACGAUAAUCUUCACUCGUUACUCGCCGACUCGCGGACGAUAAACACUAAUAAGAAUUGAGUCAAAUGCCUAGAAUAGUGACACA